UCCCCGCAGGGCCACGGCCUCUGCAUCGCCUCCUUCGCGGAUGCGGCGGCGGCAGCAGACCACCUACCCGGCGCGCGCGCCGUCGUCCGCGCCAUGGCGCGGUCCAUCGUCUGGGGGGACUUUGCGCUCGUGUGUCGGGACGUGUCGGGUUCUGUUGUCGGGACGUGGCGGCGGGGCGGCGGCACUGACACUGGUGGUGGUGGUGAGGAGGAGGGGAAGAGGAGGGCGGAUGAGGAGGCGGAGGUGUACGUUUUCGACGGCGGGUCGGGGCGCUUCUCGUAUGAUCGCAGCGCGCGGGGCGGAGGUCCCGAAGCCGAAGCCGGGCUCGGGCUCGACCAUACGGGGGGUUCGUUCCAGGUGUUUGAGUAUGAGAAUGGGGUGUGUCACCUGGUGCUCACGGAAGACGACCCCGGCCGCCAGAGCGCGGGGGUCUGGGUUGUUGAGCGGGGGGAGGGUGAGCUGGUUGUCGAGGGGAAGAAGUACCUUAGGGUGUAA